AUGCCGCUGGUGAAGAGGAACAUCGAGCCCCGGCACCUGUGCCGGGGGGCCCUUCCCGAUGGGGUGACGAGUGAGCUGGAGUGUGUCACCAACAGCACGCUGGCUGCCAUCAUCAAACAGCUGGGCAGCCUCAGCAGGCACGCAGAGGACAUCUUUGGAGAGCUGUUCAACGAAGCCAACAGCUUCUACAUGAGGAUGAACUCACUGCAGGAGAGGGUGGACCUGUUGGUCAUCAAGGUGACACAGCUGGACUCCACCGUGGAGGAAGUUUCGCUGCAGGACAUCAACAUGAGGAAAGCCUUCAAGAGCUCCACGGUGCAGAACCAGCAGGUCGUGUCCCGCAACUCCAUCCCCAACCCGGUGAUGGAGAUGUACCAGCGCUGCGACAAACCCCCGCCGCUCAACAUCCUCACACCCUACAGGGAUGAUAAGAAGGACGGCCUCAAAUUCUACACUGACCCCUCCUACUUCUUCAACUUAUGGAAGGAGAAGAUGCUGCAGGCGACAGAAGACAAGAGGAAGGAGAAGCGCAGGCAGAAGGAGCAGCGACUGGUGGAGGACUCCACCCGGGAGGUGAAGAAAGUGAGGAAAGCCCGCAACCGGCGCCUGGAGUGGAACAUGAUGGCGUAUGAUAAAGAGUUCCGGCCGGAUAACAGGUUCUCACCAUCCCCCUAUCACAUGGCGUCAUCGGAAGGAUCACUGUCCCCAGAUAAUAGAUCCUACGCGUCGGACGCUGCCGACCACUCGUACCCGGCCAGCCCCAACCACCCCGCACAGCUGCUGGCCCCUGCAGCCCACCUGGCCCCAGCAGAGCACAAGGAGGGGGUGCUGGCGGCCACCAACCCCCCUGAGCACGUGUUCAGGCCGGCCACGGGCAGUAGGCAGAACAGCCUGACCCGGCUGCAGCAGCCCCACGCGCCGCCGCCCCCCGAGGCCGUCCUCAACGGGCCCAGACCCCACCUGGUCAAGGAUUACGGCCCGCAGCCGGUGCCCAUGGCCGAGUACUUCGUGCCGCCGGCCCCGCCGCCGCCGCCGCCCGUCAUCCCAUCGGCACAGACCGCCUUCGACAGCCCCAUCUCGGCUCCCCCCGCCCUGGCCCCAGGCUCGGCAGCACCUCCAUCCUACACCCCAUCACCGCCCCCCGCACCCCCGGGGCCCUACUCCGCCUCCCCUCCGCAGACCGGCCCCAUGGGACCCCCGGUGGCCCCUCCGCCCCCUCCGCCCGGACCCCCGGCCGUGUCCGCGUCCCCAGCGCACUCCGCCUCGCCGCCCGCGCCCGCCGUGGAGCCCCGCAAGCCGCAGAUCCCGCUGAUGCCCAUGAGCGAUGCCCGGAGCGACCUGCUGGCAGCCAUCCGCAGGGGAAUCCAACUCCGGAAAGUCCAGGAGCAGUGGGAACAAGAGGCCAAAAAAGAGCCCGUGGGCAAUGACGUGGCGACCAUCCUGUCGCGCCGGAUCGCGGUGGAGUACAGCGAGUCCGACGACGACUCCGAGCUGGACGAUAACGAGUGGUCGGACUGA